AUGACUCCUCUGCUCCUGUGGCCUCUUUUCCAGUUCCUAGCUGCCCUCAAUCAGUCUCCAAACCCUCAGUGCUCCCUGAAAGGAAACUUCAGACCAGGUUUCUUGGCUAAUGGAGAUUUUAUUAUUGGUGGCCUUUUUCCUCUUCACUAUAACAUGGAGAUGCCAGACUUAAAUUGUACCUAUAAACCAGGGCCAGUGCGUUGCAAUGGAUUUGACCCCAGGGCUUUCCGCUGGGCUUUAACUCUGAGGCUGGCAGUGGACCAGAUCAACCAGAGGGAGGAUCUGUUACCCAACCACACGCUGGGCUACAAAAUAUUUGACUCAUGUGCCUACCCUUUAACAGGGCAACGUGCCGCUCUGGCUGUUCUGAACGGACCAGCAGAAGUUAACAGCCCUAUGUGUUCUGGUUCCAGUCCACUUCUAGCUAUCGUUGGUGAAUCUGGGUCGGCCCAGAGUAUUGUAGUCUCCAGAAUUUUGCGACCUUUCAGGAUUCCAAUGAUCAGCUACUUCUCCUCCUGUUCCUGCCUUAGCAACAGAAGGGAAUUCCCCACAUUCUUCCGAGUGAUUCCCAGUGAUGAUUACCAGGUAAAAGCUAUUGCUCAGCUACUCCUGCGCCUCAACUGGACCUGGGUGGGUGUGGUGCGGGGCGACCAUGAGUAUGGGCGCUUUGCACUGCAGGGUCUGCUGAGGGAGCUGGAGGGCACGGGCAUAUGUGUGGCUUACCAGGAGAUGAUCCCCCUGCUCUAUAACCGCCAAAAAGCACUGGAGAUUAUCCAUGUCAUGAACAGCUCCUCUGCCCGUGUGGUAGUAGUAUUCUCUGCCGAAGGCGAACUCACACCCUUUCUAAGGGACUACAUGGAGCAGAAUGUCACUGGUAUCCAGUGGAUUGCCAGUGAGGCUUGGGUGACUGCAUCUGUAUUCACGGGGAGUGAGUACUACCCCUUUCUAGGGGGCACAAUUGGAUUUGGGAUACGCCAAGGACAAAUCCCAGGGCUAAGAGAUUAUCUGAUGACAGUGAACCCAGUGACAUACCCCUCCAACCCUCUGGUGAAGAAGCUAUGGGAAACUCUUUAUGACUGCUCUCCCUCCUCCUCCUCCAGCAGAAAUUCCAUUCUGCCUCCCUGCACAGGCCAAGAGACUCUGAACAAGCAACAUUCUGCGUACAUAAAUACCUCCAGCCCUCGUAUUUCUUAUAAUGUGUACAAAGGAGUAUAUGCCAUAGCUCACUCACUUCAUAAUCUUAUCAGCUGCAGGCCAGGGAGAGGGCCAUUCAGCAACUUUUCAUGUGCAGAUGUCAGGAAUAUCUACCCAUGGCAGCUCCAGCACUACCUUCAAGAGGUCUCCUUUACUAUUUCUGGAGAGAUGAUGGAGUUCGACAUGAACGGUGACUCAAUUCCAUCUUAUGACUUGAUCAACUGGCAAAGGGGCUCAGCUGGAAAUGUUGAGUUUGUCAAUGUUGGCUUGUUUGAUGGUGCACAGGAUCCUGGAAAGGAGCUGGUCAUCCAGGAGAAGGGGAUUGUGUGGGCUGGUCACCAAGGCGAGGUGCUGGUGUCUGUUUGCAGUGAAAGUUGUGUUCCUGGAUUCAGGAGGGCUGUCCGUCGUGGGCAGCCUCUUUGCUGCUUUGACUGUGUACCAUGUGACAGUGGCAAAAUUAGUAAUCGGACAGAUUCAGUAGAUUGCAUGCCCUGUCCCGAAGAUUACUGGUCAAAUGCUGCAGGAACAAGGUGCAUACCAAAGGCAGUUGACUUCCUCACCCAUGAUGCAAUGGGGAUAGCCCUGACGGUGAUAGCUGUGGUGGGAGCCUGCCUCACAGUUGCUGUGUUGGUAGUUUUCCUCUACCACAGAAACACCCCCGUCGUCCGCAUCAAUAACUCUGAACUGAGUUUCUUCAUUUUGUUCGCUCUGGCUCUGUGCUUUCUCUGUGCUCUGGUUUUUAUUGGAGAGCCCACUUCCUGGUCAUGCAUGCUGCGUCACACAGCUUUCAGCAUCACCUUCUCCCUCUGCAUCUCCUGCAUCCUGGGUAAGACCCUGGUGGUUCUGGCUGCUUUCACUGCCACUCAGCCAGGAAACAAUGUGAUGAAGUGGCUGGGACCCAAACAGCAGAGAGUAAUCAUCUUCAGCUGUACCAUGGUCCAGGUGAUGAUCUGUGCUGCUUGGCUCAUCACUUCCCCUCCUUUCCCCUCCAGAAACACCCAGUAUCAGCGGUCCAAGAUCAUCCUGGAAUGCACAGUGGGCUCAGAUGUGGCCUUCUGGUGUGUUCUGGGCUACAUUGGGCUCCUGGCUGGUGUUUGCUUUAUUCUGGCCUUCCAGGCCCGAAACUUGCCAGGAAAUUUUAACGAGGCCAAAUACAUCACGUUCAGCAUGCUGAUAUUUUGCGCAGUAUGGUUAGCCUUUGUGCCUGCCUAUGUCAGCUCACCUGGCAAGUUUACCACAGCAGUGGAGAUCUUUGCUAUAUUAGCAUCAAGUUUUGGUUUGCUUUUAUGUUUAUUUGCUCCAAAGUGUUACAUUAUCUUAUUGAAACCAGAGAAGAACACCAGACAGCAUCUGAUGGGCAAAGAAAAAUAG